AUGGAAUCAAACCCGAUCAACGCUGGGCCCGUGGUCCUUCUCAUCGUCAAGGCUAAGAUGCAAAAAUACCUGCCACAAUUAUGGAAACCUUCGACUGGUCUUCUAUCCGCAAGCCUGGCCGAGGCACACGCCAUACAGUUUGUCGCCCAGCACACAUCGAUUCCAGUGCCGAAGGGAUGGCGCAACCGCCCAGGAAAGUCCAAGACACAGAUCCUCAAUCAGCUCCGCAGCAUGGUUGCUGAGCCUCGCUCUAUCAGCCCACCUGAAGGGAUGGGCGUUGCUAACGUCAACGGCGGCCCCUUCUGCGAUUCCUCCCUACCUCCCUCCCUCGACGAACUUUUUGGCUUCUACCGGCAGCUAUGUGGUAGACCGGUUUUCACGCACGGCGACCUGAGCAUCUUAAACAUCCUUGUGCGGGCCAACGAUGUUGUUAGCAUCAUAGAUUGGGAAACGGAAGGCUGGUUCCCGUAUUACUGGGAAUACACUUGUGCGUGGAAUGUCAACAAGUACUUGACGCCGAUGCCGUACGAACUGAGGAUGGAAAGCAUCCGGCGCAAGUAUCUUGGUGCUUUCUAAAGUGGGAACUAAAUCGGUCUCCACAACUGAAGUACAGGUAAAAAUGCUUAUCUCCUAG